AUGACUGGACAAUUACGUGUGUCUGUUAUUGGUUCGGAGACACGCCAUCCUGAGAAACCCCCACUGACUUAUACGGUCUACCGCACAUCUGUGAACUAUCAGGGCAUUUGCUACCACCGUCUCAUCCGUUUUCGACACUUUUGGUCCUUUGCCAAGCACCUAAAACUGGCACCAAAUGCUGCACCAAUUUCUGUGAAGUUGCCACCUAAAAUUUGGUGGAGUCGUCAGGUGUCUCUCCAGUCUGAGACCGUUGAAGCCCGACAAGUGCUGUUGAAUGAGUUUAUGCAGCAAGUGAGUACUCGUCCAUUGACGCCACGGAGCAAAGAGCGACUGCUAAAGUUGCUACAAGUGGGAGAGUUUGCACCUAAAGAAGAAGAAGAUCGUGUGAUUAAUAGUCGACUGAGCUUGAAACAACAAAGUGUGACAUUGACAGAACCCAUGUCUGAGAUUUUAGACGCCAACCAUCUCUCGCUCCAGUCGGACGUAAGUCAUCAACUGCCUGUAAACAACGAAAAACAGCCUCAAGAUUCUCUGACAGAUGAAAAGGAAGAGUGCUGUACAGCGGACCAGGUGCAGGAUGUGACGAAUAGCCUUUUGAUGCGACGUCAGGGCUCUGGAACUUCCAGUAACCCGACGUCCGAUGACACGGAGACGAGGGUAGAUUGCUCCAUGUUGACACCGUUGACACCCCCGUUACAAGUACAAAUUCGUCCCGUCAGCAUUUCGCCAACUUCACAGAACGUGAAACGCGUCAUAUCCGACUCCAGUACGGACGCGGAUCAACUGUCAUUGAAAGAAGAAGACAGGGACUCGACCGAUCCCGAGUGCCGCUACGCUGGUCAGAUCAAACAAUGCAUUGCUAGCAUUGAGGACAUUGUGGACAGCAGUCGCAAGCUCGAGGUCCACAUUCGCGAGAAGCAUACGGUGUGA